AAUUUUUUGAACACAAGCGUCUUGUACUUCGUACCGCGCGCACUGCUGGAAUCACUUCGCAUCGAUAAUUAUAUCGUAAGAUUAUUCGGUUGUUGUUGUUGUUGUUGUCGUCGUUAUUAUAAUUGAAGAUGCCGCCUAAAACGAGCGGUAAGGCAGCCAAGAAAUCCGGCAAAGCCCAAAAGAACAUCUCCAAAUCGGACAAGAAGAAGAAGAAGCACAAGAGGAAGGAGAGCUACGCUAUUUACAUCUACAAAGUUCUGAAGCAGGUGCAUCCCGACACCGGUAUCUCAAGUAAGGCCAUGUCUAUCAUGAACUCCUUCGUGAACGAUAUAUUCGAACGCAUCGCCGCCGAAGCAUCACGUCUCGCGCACUACAACAAGAGAUCCACCAUUACAUCGAGGGAGGUUCAGACUUCCGUGAGACUGUUGCUGCCCGGCGAGUUGGCCAAGCACGCCGUCAGUGAAGGGACCAAAGCCGUCACUAAGUACACCAGUUCCAAGUGAAAUGUUUCGUUAUUAAAUAACGAAAAAAAAAAACGUUAUAACAUCAUCAUAAAGCAACACUUAUAAUAAUUAUCACCUAUCAUAUAGGUGUAUAUGUGAUUUUAUAAGAUUAUAAAAAAAGGCCCUUUUCAGGGCCACAAAAUGAUUCCCAUAAAAUAAUAAUAAUAAUUAUAUUAUUAUUAAUAUAAGUUUCAACACAUCGAAUGAUCAUCCAGCUCGAUAUUAUUCUUUCAAUACAUUAAAAUAUAGUUAGUUGCUUAAUAUAUAUCAUUAUAAUAUAUUGUAUCAAUUAAAGAACUGAUCGUUGACUUACGAUAUGUAUGUAUAUGAUAAA